GUGCCGACGACUUGGAAGCCAUUCAAACCACCUCGACACACUCGAAUCCUCCCCUUUCUAGCCGGACUUUUACGACACUAAAAACCCAACAGAUCAAGAUGGCUGAUUCCGGAUUCACCGACCCCACCGAGGCCGCCGAGCUCAAGAGGAAGCGUACCUUCAAGAAGUACACUUACCGAGGUAUCGAGCUUGACAAGCUCUUGGACUUGAAGAACGAGGAGUUCAUUGACCUCGUCCACGCCCGUGCCAGGAGAAGGUUCCAGCGAGGUCUCAAGCGAAAGCCUCUGGGAUUGAUCAAGAAGCUCCGAAAGGCCAAGAAGGAGGCUGCCCCCAACGAGAAGCCUGCCACCGUCAAGACCCACUUGCGAGACAUGAUCAUUGUCCCUGAGAUGAUCGGUUCCGUCUGUGGUGUUUACAACGGAAAGUCGUUCACCACCGUCGAGAUCAAGCCCGAGAUGACUGGACACUACCUCGGAGAGUUCUCCAUCACCUACAAGCCCGUCGGACACGGUCGUGCCGGUCUCGGUGCCACCGCCGCCAGGUUCAUCCCCCUCAAGUAGACGAGACUCGUUUCGCUUUCUUGAGGUUUGGGUUUGGCUUGGGGGUGUAAUGAAGAUCACGCACGCAGAACGAUAUCCCGAGGACGAAUCGCGUCUAGGCUGCGGGAGCGGUGGAACUUGGAGAGGUCAGAAGAGGACAGCAGGGGUGGGACGUGGAUUCGUACGCUCUUUUCUCACAUUGUAAUCGUCCUCGGCCUUUCAAGCCGUCUUUUGCCCUCCUGUUGGACUGGAUGAGAUGAGUUUUCGCCCCCAA